UACGUCACAAACUGCAAAAGAAGUGUUGCCAUGACGACAGCGUUGCGCCGCACAUACACUCAGCGGCACCGAAAGAGCUUGGUUGGAAUAUAAAGUAUGUUUAAAGCUUGUAAAACGCAAACUAUACAAGCUUCUCUAUGAUGGUGCAUGCUCCAGGAAAUCUGUGAAGAUGCAUAACUCCUGAAAGAGUGGCCGCAAGCAUCCAUCCCAGGGCUCACUGAUGGGUGGGAGGGGUAUUUAACAGCCACAGCAUUGUAGUCUUCUCAACUAUUCGAGGGGAGCUCACAGCUAUGAAUGGAUCAGACGAGGAGAUUCCAGAUGAGGAAGAUGCGGCUGAGUUUUACAGAGCACAAAGGAUUCAUGUGGAUGCCCUUCUUGACAUAAGUGAGGAGGCCUUUUUGAAAGAAGUGGAGCCGUAUGAGUAUCACUGCUAUCCUGGUUGGGAAGAGGCUGUGUGUGGCUGGGACAGAGUGGCUCCAAUCAGUGGCAUUCUUCUUCCUCAAAAGAGAGACAAGAAACCAAAGCAGCGCAAGGAGACAGACAACCCAGCACCCUUGCACGUCGUCGAACCAACUACCUCUUGCGGCGACACCUUAGCCAGCGGCGGUGAACACUGCAGUGAGUCCCAUUCAACCCCUCAAAAUUUGAAGAAACCCACGCCAUCCAGCCAGAGGGUGCAGCCAGAGUCCCCGGAGUGGCUCGCACCGGAUGGCGUGGACGAAGACAUGUCACACCUCUUACACGAAGAGAGAGCCCCUCUCAGUGGGAUUCCUUUGCAACUUCAACAUUUGCCUCCAAACACGUCAAAGAGCAGCAGGUCUUCCAAGUCCUCAAAACGCCACCAGACUAAUAGUACUGUGGUUCCCAUUACAAACUUUACAUUUUUACCACCUAUUAAAUGAAAGCCAAAUUUUUGCUCCCCAUGACAGAUUAAUAACCCUGCAGGGACAUGACGGACAAUUGUAAAAGAUGAGUACGUCCGCAACAUUGCCAUUUGUUUUUAUCAUAUAAAAGUUAAUGCAUAGUUCCCUGAGUGCACUCUAAUUUUAGGCAACAUCAGCAAAGCUGACAGCAAAAGUAAAC